CGGGCUUUUAUUUUGAAGAGUUGUGAAGGGCAGGGCGCUGACUUCCGCCUGGCCGAAGACAGCAGGAGCUGAGAUCAGGGCGGAUUCACCGAGUCUGUAGAAACAUGGACAGUCAAGGCAGGAAAGUGGUGGUGUGUGACAACGGGACCGGGUUUGUGAAGUGUGGAUAUGCUGGCUCUAAUUUCCCAGAGCACAUUUUCCCGGCUCUGGUGGGGAGACCGAUCAUCCGCUCCACAGCCAAAGUGGGAAACAUUGAAAUCAAGGACCUGAUGGUGGGCGACGAGGCGAGCGAGCUGCGCUCCAUGCUGGAGGUGAACUACCCGAUGGAGAACGGGAUCGUGAGGAACUGGGAUGAUAUGAAGCACCUGUGGGACUACACUUUCGGCCCCGAGAAGCUCAAUAUCGACUCACGAAACUGCAAGAUCCUGCUCACGGAGCCGCCCAUGAACCCCACCAAGAACCGAGAGAAGAUCAUCGAGGUGAUGUUUGAGACCUAUCAGUUCUCAGGCGUUUAUAUCGCCAUCCAGGCCGUGCUCACUCUGUACGCUCAAGGUCUGCUGACGGGUGUGGUGGUGGACUCUGGUGACGGUGUCACUCAUAUCUGUCCGGUGUACGAAGGUUUUUCUCUUCCUCAUCUCACGCGUCGUCUGGACAUCGCCGGACGAGACAUUACACGCUACCUCAUCAAGCUGUUGUUGUUGAGAGGUUAUGCCUUCAACCACUCGGCGGACUUCGAAACGGUGAGGAUGAUGAAGGAGAAGCUGUGUUACGUGGGCUAUAACAUCGAGCAGGAGCAGAAGCUCGCGCUGGAGACCACCGUGCUGGUGGAGUCCUACACGCUGCCGGACGGUAGGGUGAUUAAAGUGGGCGGCGAGCGGUUCGAGGCUCCGGAGGCUCUGUUCCAGCCUCACCUCAUUAACGUGGAGGGAGUGGGUGUGGCUGAACUGCUCUUCAACACCAUCCAUGCAGCCGACAUCGAUACCAGGGCUGAGUUUUACAAACACAUUGUUUUGUCGGGUGGAUCUACGAUGUAUCCUGGUCUGCCUUCGCGUCUGGAGCGGGAGCUCAAGCAGCUCUACCUGGAGAGAGUGCUGAAGGGAGACGUCGACAAGCUCUCGAAGUUUAAGAUCCGCAUCGAGGAUCCUCCACGCCGUAAACACAUGGUGUUUUUGGGCGGAGCGGUGCUAGCCGACAUCAUGAAGGACAAAGACAACUUCUGGAUGACCAGAGAGGAGUACCAGGAGAAGGGCACACGCGUUCUGGAGAAGCUGGGCGUCACCGUUAGAUAAAUCACACACACAUACACAUAUACACACACACACACACACACACACAAACCGUCACACACAACAUUGCACUCACACUCCCAGUCACAGGGUGGCAUUUUGGCAGCGUAAACACACAGAGGUUUUCUUCAGUUUAUGAGGAUAUACUUGAGAACAACGGUAUUCAAAUACUUGAACUUCUUUGCAAUCCAAAAAAAAAAGUGCUUAAUGUUUGUACGACAUUCCAAAUGUAAAGAUUCAUAUCACCGCUGCACAGCAUGAGACAAAAAUUGAAUGAAAUGGAGUGAUUUACUCACGAAACGACUCGUUUAUGCUGCCAAAAUUAAUCCUCAAACGAUCCCUCAUGUAUCAUCAUAUCAUGACCUGUUUGUUUUGAGUCCUGUCCGUCUUAUGACUUCACAUUGACCCUAAAAAAGAGAGUAAGACACAGGAGGAUGUUGUGUAAGUAGAGGGACAAAACAAUAAAAAGAUGUAUUUUUAAGAAGAAAAAAAAAAACUUGUUUUUGUAGUAAGGAUAAAAAUCGCUGCAGCCAAUUUGCUAAUAAAAAAAAUGAAGAAUAUAAUCGUGGCCAAUAGUAUCAAACACAAAGACGUACUUCUAAAGGCAGAUUGCUUUUGCUGAAACGUCUACUUUCUUUCUUUAACGUCCUGUGAUGUCUUUCUCUGUCUUUAAUCUCAGCAUCUGUGCUCUUCAUUAUUGGAUGCCCUGAAAAUAGAGAGAGAGAGAAAAAUGCAGUAGCGACCGGGACCAACUUCCCCAAAUAGCAUUUAACAGAACAUCUGAAGAGCGUGUUUUUGUCAAAUAAUGUCACUGAGGAUGCUUCGAAUGCACUCGUGAUCAGUCUCAUUUUAGUCGUGAAAAUUGGUAUUUUGAAGUCUUUACAUAUAGACUCUGUUCAUGUCAUUCCGCCUGCAGUUCCAGGAUCAGUUUAAGGGACUUUCGUAAAAAAAUAGAAUGAAUAUCAAACUGCAUUUGAAAGGGAAUUGAUUAUGUUCUGCUGCAUGUUUAGCGUACAAUCGAGAGCCUCGUUUCCGCAUCUGGCUGAAAUGUGUGUGGGUCACAUUUCACUGCAAAAUCAAAAGAAAGUAACAAGGCGUUUUCUUUUAAAGAAACGUUAACUUUUAUUUUGUAUUGUAACAUUAUUUUCAUGACAUUCUAGCACUAUUGUUUCUAAAUUCUCAUUACCGUCAUGCUAAAAAAUCAUUCACAUUACCAUAAUGCAGAAAAAGAAACCUUUUCAUUACUGAAAUGCGUAAAUGUUUUAUAUUGUCAUUAACACAAUGCUUUUUUAAAUUGUGUAGUACAUGUUAGGUUUCGUUGUACUGUCUUAUGCAGAGUAUAAUACUCUGAAAACAACAGUAAUGAGAACAUGAUUAGAUUUACCAUAGGAUAAUAGGAAGUAAAAAAAAGUCCAGGUGUGUUGUGGUAAUGAGAAUAUUGAAGAUGAUUGUUUGUUUAAUUUGUUCUGAAAGUAAUGUCGCAAUGCAAAAAGCUUUAUGAUACUCAAAGAGGAUGAUCAAAUGUAAUUCUGAUUGCUUUUCUUUUUGAUUUUGGUGUGAGUUUUUGUGAGAUUCACAUGGAGAAUUGGCCAUAAAACACAACAGCAGUGUGUUUAGGUGUUGCUCAUGCAUGUCACACAUGUGCAUCAUCCAUCCAUGUGGCUUCACUUAGCGCGUCGCUCAUUCCAUUGCAAUAACCCUGCAUCCUUUUCAUCAGCUCAUUUAUUUAGUGUUCUAACGAGUCGCAAUGGUGUUUGAGUCUCACGAUUGUUCACUUUGCUACUUUUUUUUUAUGGUUUUGCAUUCAUGUUUUUUCUUUGCUGUUGGUUGUUGGGUCAUUUUCAUGACCUAGUCGAGUUGCAUCUAACAGUCUGGGAACGAAGGGCUUCGCUGACGCCCGACGGGUGUUUCUGGGUCAGGCGCUUCAUUCCCAGACUGUAGGCACCCGUGAUGUAACGGUUUACUGCCUGUUUGUAAUAUGAAUGACAUAAUAAUGAUGGUAUUGUUAAUGAUGCUAAUAAUUUUAGUGUUUGUACUCGUGGCAGCCGUUUGGAAGCUGGAUAAGUGAUGUUUCUGUGUUUGUACACACACUCGCUUAUGGAACAAACUAUGUAUCGACUCCAUUGAUUUCACUCACGCAUUCUUCCAGUGCCAAGUUUGGGUAUUUGUUUGUUUGUUUAUUUGUUUGUUUUUUGCUUUUUGUUUUUUGUUUUGUUUGUAGCGUACUGCCAGACCACUGAUUUAAAUAAAGAAAAUUGAUUUAUAA